UUGUCUUCGAAAAGAAAACAUCUGCAUCAAGACCGUGUCUUCUUCUCCUCUGUAUUUUCCACACUUUUACCCCAACACCAGGAACCAGAUGGACGAUGUAACAAAAAUGGUUGACUCAUACGUCAGGCAUUACUUCAACAAGUUCGAUCGCGACCGGGCACUUUUAUUAAAGGAAUUCGACAACGAUUCUGAGUUUAGUUGUGAGGGUAAGACGUACAAUGACCCUUCCAGCAUCCUCGGCGCGCUCCUGGCUCUCCCGCACAAGAAUGUCUAUCAUAAAAUCACGUCCAUCGAUUACGAUUUCCUCUCUGAAAUCUCGUGUGUCGUGUAUGUCUGCGGGAAACAAAUUCAUUCCGGUGUAGUAGACAGCGGUCUUCAUUUCAGUCAGGCGUUAUUUUUGCGGAUGAGAGAGGACGGCUCCUUUUAUGUGUAUCGUGGAUCAUUCAGUGUUAAUCGCGAUGUUCAACCGCAAGGCGAUGUUCAACCGCAAGGCGAAGUUCAACCGCAAGGCGAUGUUCAACCGCAAGGCGAUGUUCAACAGCAAGGCGAAGUUCAACCGCAAGGCGAUGUUCAACCGCAAGGCGAUGUUCAACAGCAAGGCGAUGUUCAACCGCAAGGCGAUGUUCAACCGCAAGGCGCCGGAAAUUAAAUCCCAUAACAUGUUUGUUUUAUUUGGAUUUGGUGUUAAAACAUUUGAAUGAUUUUCCUCUCCUUGAGAAAAAGGAAUUUAUGUUUCUUUCUUAAAAAAA